GUCAAAUCGAAAGUAGCCUCGAAUGAAGUUUGAGUGGUGAUGUGUACUUUAAAUACGAAAUUAUUUUAAAAUUUAUUUUUUCUCAUAAGAACCGAUAUUAAUUAAAAACAAUAUCUUCGGUUUGUCCCAUUCCGAUUCCAGUGAUAAGCAAUUACCAUGAACUACAAUCCCAAUCCAGCUGUUCGACAGCGUAAGUUUGAAAAUUAUCAAGGUCCUGCCGGCAGGAAACCCAAAAGAGUUAGCGACAUCGGGGCAUUGGGUCCCAGUGCACCAGUUGCUCCCCAACAAUAUAAUCCACAAAUGGAACCAAUGAUGAUUCCACAAAAUAUUCCAUAUGCCGGCAACCAGCCUUACAAUAAUGGUGCAGCUCCAAUUCAGCAGGAUUUUCAGUAUACAACAAUUCCACAACCACAACAGCAACAACAACAAUUCCCAUCUUAUCCAAAUAUACCUCCUCAACAACAACAACAACAAUCUGGGAACCUUCCAAAUGCCCCACAAUUGCCACCACAGCAAUUUGCCAUGUUCCAACAGCCAAUUGUGCAAGACAUGGCAAUGCAAUAUGGACAGCGUUUGGCCGAUCAAGGCAAGCAAAUGGUCGAGACCCAAUUCGAGAAGUAUGUGCCAGUUGCAAAGCUCAAAUACUACUUUGCCGUUGACAACAAUUACGUGAUUAAUAAGUUGCGACUUUUAUUUUUCCCAUUCACGCACAAGGAUUGGUCAUUGAAGUAUGAUCAAGACAACCCAGUGCAGCCUCGCUAUGAUAUUAAUGCUCCGGAUCUGUACAUACCCACAAUGGCGUUCAUAACUUAUGUGGUAGCAGCCGGUCUUAUGCUCGGCAUGCAAAAUCGAUUUUCGCCCGAACAACUUGGAAUUCAAGCGUCUAGCGCUUUGGCUUAUAGCAUCUUUGAACUAGUUGUCUAUUCAAUAACUCUCUAUGUUGUCAACAUUAAAACAAGUCUCAAAACUUUGGAUUUACUCGCAUUUUCUGGAUACAAAUUUGUCACUAUCGUUGCGUGCCUCUUGACAAGUACUUUCUUUUACAGUUUUGGUUAUUACUUAGCCUUGAUAUACUCCAGUCUAACGCUUGGAUUCUUUUUGUUGAGAACACUGAAGACAAAAGUUUUGCUAGAAACUUCAGCCGGCGCUUCCGAUGGUCCAAUCAAUUACGACCCAUAUGGAAAUCCACAGCAAUUGGAUUAUACUGGAGACCGAAAAAGAAAGCUUUACUUCCUCUUUUUGAUUGUUGGAGGUCAAGCUCUUCUGUCAUUUUUAUUAUCUAAACAUUUAUUUCUAAGAGAACCGACGACACCAAGUCUCGGUGAACUAAAUUUGUAAUUAAAUAAUUUCAUUCUUUUUUAUUUGGUUUCUUUAAAAAAAAAACUUUUUAUUAUUAUUUGUUGAAUUAUAUAACGUCGAGAAAAAGUGUACACUUUAUUCGUGGAAUGUAUGUGCACCUUUUAAAAAAACAAAGGAGAGAAUAAAAAUUUGUAACAGAACAAAAGAA